AUGAAAGAUGGCUCCGAAGUACUCGCACCCCUUCCCUACCUUUCGACGAAACCAUGUCGAUUUGCAAUAGCCAGCGAAGUCGCGACUCUGGAUCUAGUUCGUGCUGCCGGCGUAACAGCUCCCAAAAUCUUGUACUACUCGACAGACGCUCAGAAUCCCGUUGGAGCCGAUUCUAUGAUCAUGGAGAAACUUCGUGGCCGUCCUAUUGGAGAUAUGUACUAG